AUGGUCACACUCGAGAGGGAGAUCGAGGCCGGGGGGGCUGACGGGACGAUGCCAAAUGUUGUCGUGUCCAGCCCAGACAACGAGUUCAUACAACCCCCAACUUCCCCCCAGCGACGCUCGCGCUCACCGAGGGUCGUCGACCGCUCCCUGCUGUCCCCACCGGUCAACACUUGGAAGUCAAGACCCAGACACCGACCCACACGAUCUCAAAGCGCGCCUCCAGAACGACGAACACCGCUCAUUACGCUCGACGAGGAACCCCCGAAGUUUCCUCUUCCCGACGACGACAACCAGCCGUUAGCUACUAUUCCACGAAUACAAAAGCGAAGUUGCACUUCAUUUACAUCUGCGACGAAAGGAAGCACACGAGGCGGCGAGCUCGUCCGUCCUCCCCCUCCACUACUACGUCCGACAACCUUUUGGCGAAAAACAAAACGUUCAGGUGUUACCGGAGCGUCCUAUUCCCCAUCUUCUCAUCUCAUCCGACGUUCGACCUACAUUGCCGCUGGACUCACAUUCGACGCUCCUAUCCACGACCUGAGUGCUCUCUGUGUGGAAAGCAGAAUCGGAUUCAUCGUCGUGCCUCCCGAUCAAACGUUUUGA